GAGGGCUCCAAGGCCCCAACGAGAGAGAGGAACCAACCGAGAGCCGGAGAGGAGAGUGCAAGCUUGGGGAAGCUGUACAUGAUCGAUUGAGUGGCGUUCGUCUAACGGCAUGUGGAGCAAACGCAAAGGCAAAAGCAAAGCAAACAACUGUAAUUGUACGGAUGAAUGGGGAGAGGCUGUGGGCGGAAGAAGGGGAGAGGGAGCUGGCGCUGGAGCUCAGCUUGGGGACUCGGACGGGAGAGCUCUCAUCUUGGUUCGCUGUAGUGUGGAUUCUAAAAACGAAUGAUUUUUUACGAUUUUAUUAUAUUUUGUUGUUCCGUGUUUCGAAAUUUUAAGCGCCCGGCGCGCGGCAGUCGAUUGGCGUUUAAAUCAGUUCAGUUUGUGUGAAAAACGCGCCGGACACGGACACGUACGUGGAUCGCCCCGGAAUCGAGUGACUCAAGUGGAUAUAGGGUGUCUGUCUCUCCGGUACUUGAUCAUCGGCAGACCAGCAUGACCAAGACCAGCAAAACAAAGGACAAAAGCUCCAGCGCGGGCGGUGGCGCAGGCGCAGGUGGUGGGGCUACGGGUGGACCCAAAGUGGGUGGCAGUUUGCUCGCCAAUGCCGCCGACAUGAAGAUCUUGAAGGCAAAGUCCAAUGCCAAGACGCUGCAGCAGCAAAAGCAGCAGCAAGGACGAAACGCACUCGGUGGGUCAGCAGGAUCUGCGGCGAAAGGGACGGCGAUAGCCGCGGCGAGUGAAGCGAUCGAGGCGACGCGAGCCGAGGCAGCGACGCCGGCAUCGACGCAACCGCCGGCAGCAGCGCCGACCGAAGCGAAUUUAUCGUCACUUGAGUCCGCGCGCUCGCAGGCUCAGACUUCAGACUUGUUCGAACCAGCGAGGCAAACGGUUACCGCAGCCACAGCCAAAUCAGAAACAGAAACCGAAACAGCCGAAGAAUCAGCAACAUCGGCGAUCAGCAACGAUCCGAGUGCGAUAAACAACAAUAACAAUAACAAUAGCAAUCCGACGGGAGACGACGCGAGUGAAAGUGUUGAUAACAAAAUCAAAGUGAUAAACUAUGCCCAUCAGUCCCCAGCUGAGGCAGAGGAGCAACAACAACAGCAACAUCAUCAUAUCUACGAGCAGCAGCAGUUUCUAAGCCAGCAAAUAAUCAGCCAGCAGGAGCAGCAGCAGAUACAGCAACAGCAACAACCAUCAUUACCGCCACAGGGGAACCAGGAUCAGCAGCCACAUCAGCCCAGUUGGCUGGCUUACGACUUGACGAGCGGAUCAGCAGCAGCGGCGGCGGCAGCAGCAGGCGCCCUGGCCGCUUCGCAUCCCUUGUUCAGCCACUUCCCGUAUCCAGCAAGUCAUCCGCCCACCCAGCUCUACGAGCACUACCAGAGCAUCACCGGCGCCAGCACGGAUCCCAUAAUGCGGAACAACAUAGCGCUCUACAGCGUCUACGGCGGCGGUGGGGGCGUGGGUGUGCCCAGCCACGAGCCCCUCUCCCAGCACGUCGUAACCGCCGCAGCAGUGGCGGCAGCAGCAGCAGCCCACCAUUCCACCUCCAACAUCGACGAAGUGAUCCAGGACACCCUCAAGGACGAGUGCUUCGAUGAUGCCCACAGUACCAGCUACCACAUGCUGACUUCCGUGGCGGAUCUCCAAACGCUCAAGGACAACAGUCCGGUGAGCGCCAUAUACGCCCUCACCCAAGAGCAGCUCCUCCACCAACAGCAGCAGCAGCAACUCCACCACCAGCAGCAACAUCAGCAGCAGCAACUGUAUCACCAGCACCAUCACCACAACACUUCGACGAGCUCGGCUGGUGGGGAUUCGCCGUCGUCGGCCCUCCAGAGCUUCACGCAGCUGACAACCGCCGCCCAACGGGACAGCCUCUCGCCGGCGGAGCACGGCUACUUCGGAGCCACCCAGCUGAGCCCCAGCCUGCAGACCAGUUCCGUGUACGCUGGGCCCUUGCUCACCCAGACAGCCAACGGCAUGCCGUACGGAAUGCAGUCCCCCAACCAUACUCAAGCCCACCUGCAGCAGCAACACCACCACCAGCAGCACCAGCAACAUCAGCACCACCAGCAGCAGCAACACCAGCAACAUCAGCAGCAGUCGCACCACCACAACUCAAGCAGCAACAGCCCCGGCUUGCUCCAGUCGGCCUCAACGCCAGUCAACGGACACAACAGCUCCAUGCUGGAGGACGGCUACGGCUCGCCGAGGAGCAGCCACAGUGGCGGCGGCGGCAGCGGCGGUGGCACCCUGCCCGCCUUUCAGAGGUUCGCGUCCGCCAGCAGCGGCUACGGCAGCGGCGUGGCCAAUGGCUCGGUCAGUGGCGCCGAACGAAGCUACUACGCUUCGGUGCCACAUUUGCGCGGUCAGAACGAGCACUGGAACUAUGAUCAAAUCAGCUACGCCUCCGGCACACCUGGCCAGCAGUUGGGAGUCCCCGUUGGAGCUGGAGUCAUUCGGAACGGAAGGGCCAUUACGGCGGCCAACAAUGCGGCAGCAGCAGCCGCAGAUGGAUCGGCGGGACGCGUGGAUGCAGGAUACCUCUCUGCCUCGGCAUCGCUGUCAGCUUUGGCCGCUGAAUCAGGCGGGGAUUUCUAUAAGAACUACCAAUUUAAUGUGGCCGGCGGCGGUCGUAGUAAGGCCAGCAACAGCGCCGCCAGUUCGCAGGCCAGCCUGUCUGGAUCCUGUCCAGCUUCUGGCCAGGGUGUAACGUCGACAACGGCGACGGCAGCGGCGGCGGCGGCGACUGCGGCGUCAACGCUCACCGACGAGCACGUUAGUCGCGCCAAUUCGAGACGCAUGAGCGCCCAGAAGCGAGCCGGACUGUCCUGCUCCAACUGCCUCACCACCUACACGUCCUUGUGGCGCCGCAAUCCCAAUGGAGAGCCAGUCUGCAAUGCCUGUGGUCUUUACUUCAAGCUUCACAACGUCCCCCGACCGUUGACGAUGAAAAAGGAUACCAUUCAGAAACGCAAGCGUAAACCGAAGGGUACCAAAAGCGAGAAGCCCAAAAAGCUCAAGAACGCACUGAGGAGCACUCUGGAAAGUGGAUCCUUGGCCUCAAACUGCCAGUUGGUGGGCCAUUUGAACAGCAGCCAAAUGGGCGUCGAUGGCAAUGAUGAAAUGAAACCAUACAUGCCAUACACAUCGCAGCAGCAACAGCAGCCGUCACAAAAUCAGCAGCAGCAGCAUAAUCAGCAAUCCAUGGCCGACCAGCACUCGUCGGCGGCCAGCUCGCCCCAUAGCAUGGCAUCCUCAUUGUCGCCCUCAGCCACAUCACAUCACCAUCAAAAUCCCCACCAGCAGCUCUGCUCCGGCCUGGACAUGUCGCCCAACUCGCCCUACCAAAUGUCCCCCAUCAACAUGCAACAACAGCAGCAGCAGCAGCCACAGCAAUCGUUCAACAUGCAGCACUCACCCAGCACUCCCACAUCCAUCUAUAACACCCCAUCGCCCACCCACCAUCUUCACAAUAACAACAACAAUAGCACAUUGUUCAACAACAACAAUAGCAGCAAUGAGAAUAACAAUAAAUUUAUUCAGAAAUAUCUGCAAGCUCAGCAGAACGGGAACGGGAGCAGCAGCUCCACCAGCGAGCAGCAGCAACAGCUCCUGGCCCACCUGAUGCCGAGCUCGAUUACGGCGGCGGCAGCAGCUGCGGCAGCGGCAGCGGCGGCAGCGAUCAACACGAUCAAGUCGGAGGCAUCGGUGUCCUCCACACCACAGGCCCACACGCCCUCAACACCGACCACGGCAUCCACCCCAUUAUCCUCGCUGAGCCUCAACAGCACCAGCAACAACAACAACAACAACAGCAGCAUUAUCAGCCUGCAAAAUCCAUAUCAACAGUUGGCACAGCUUGGACAGGCGGGGACGCCGUUGUUUAAGUCCGGACGCUCCUCUCCGCCGUACUACCUCUCGCCUGAGGGUGACGAUCACCCGACCCACAUCAAGCUGGAGGAGAUGGAUCAACAGCAGCACGGGGAACUAAUGCUGGCCCGAUCAGGUUCUCUGGACGAGCACUACGAACUGGCCGCCUUCCAGCGACAUCAGAGCCUCCAGCAGCAGCAGCAGGAGCAGAUCGCCAACUAUGCCAUGCAGCUGCACGAGAUUGAGCGGAAAUUCUCAGGCGUUGAGCGGGAUGCGGUGGUGAAGAUGGAGUGAUUGCAGCAAACAUGAGAGUGCUACGUGUUUGCACCUGGACCAAAGAACCUGUUGUUAUUUAAAUCUCAUAGCUCCAAAGAAUUUAUAGGACUUAGUUGCGCGUGUGUGUGUAUACCAGGAGCAGUUCUACAAGAGCUCGCUCUCCAAUCUACCGAUUUCGGUCGCAUUAUCUAUUGUAUAUACUAUAUACGACUUAAGCUACAAACCAAUUGACAUUUCCAUUUUCGGCAAGUUUGUUAUGUUGCCACGUACUCGAAAAAUUGUUAUUUAACUAGUUUAAUUUUUAGCGAAAUUCUUGCGAAAACAAAAUCAGACCGUAGGCUAGAACCCAUUCAACUUUGUUAUCAAAUCAAAUACCUUUUGAGAUUUUCUACAAUCAAAUUCCACUUAGGUUUAGGCCACUAAUUUAAGUUAAGCCAGCAAACAAUGACAAAGGAAAGCAAAAAAAAAUUAUCAAAGACAAAAAUCAAAAAACAAUCAAAGUAACCCACAAUCUCAUGCAAUUUAGUUAUUAUUUUAUACAUAUUUUUUACACAUUUAUCUAUAAAUAUUUAAUUCAAGUUAAGUUUUAGUUUCGUACACUCUUUUACAUCAUCUAUGCAAUAUUAAUUUUAUUAAUUUUGAACAAAUAAACGACAAUUGUCACUCAAUGCUCC